AGCAGCGCCCUUGCUUUAAAAUGUCGCCUUAUCCGGAGAGGCUUUCCACCCUGCUUUGUGUUGGCUUGGGCAAGGAUGCGAUUUUAGAGCCCAGGAGCCCAGUCUGCCAUUUCCUCUCUGGGAUUGAUUUCCAAAAUGGAUCCCGGGCUGGUUCCAGUGGGUCGCACCCCGGGUCCCCCGGAUGGUACUUCUAACACCCCCCACGUCCUCACCGCCCGAAGGCCAGCAUUCACUUUUCUGCCCCAUUUUGGCGACAAAAAACAAAAAACCAAAAAAACCCAGAUUGGAAAGUUAUUGGGGAAAAGAAGCUGGGACAUCAGCAGCUGCCAGGUGGGUGUCAAAAAAAUUAUUAUCCAGCAUUUAUCGUUUCCACUCUUCCCCCCCCCCUUAAAAGAAUGGUGGAGGGAGGAAGAGAACUAAUAUAAACUUGUGAAAUAAAACCCACAAGGUAAAACUUAAAAACCUGCAUCUUAGAGUUGAAUUAAGAGAAUUUCCUGGGAAUUGUGUUUGGUCAAGACCACCUGCUGCCCCCUGGGAAUUCAUGGAAAUGGGGUCUCUUGUCAGGUUUACAUGUGUUCAGUUAGGUUUACAUGUGUUCAGAAAUGAGCAAUGUGGCCUAAAUCGCCAAAAAAGAAAGAAAGAAAGAAAAGAAAAAAAAAAGGAGGGAGGGAAUGAAUUCUUUGGAAGUCAUGUGUGGUCCCCAGCUUGGCCUACUGCACCCCAUGAUACAGUCAGAAUAGCUGGGAAUGGCUUUGGGGAAAACCCACAGGAGAAAGAGGGAGCUUCUGAAGCCCUUUCCAGCCUUCCAGGGUCUGGGUCAGCCCCCACCACAUGCUUCCUGCACUAGGGGUUGAAGUCAGAAGUUGGAGUCCUGGACCACCCAUCAAUUCCAGGUUAUGUUGUCCAGACUUCAGACGUACCCUGGGAAAUGUUUGGGGCUGUCUGCAAGUGCAGUGCGGAAAGGCUAAUGUAGCCCUUUUCUAGAAUGUUCAGGGCCCUAUGGGCUGUGUGGUCAUGGAAAAAUGUGCAUGCUCCAGGUGGAAUGCCCAGGGGGCUUACUGGUGGGUAUUCUUCCACAGGUCAAGCUUUGUGGCUGUUGUGACUUCGCUUCUUGCUUUGGCCCUUUCAGCUCUGGGUCAGUGGGGCACCUGUGGCGCUCCUAAGCUCCUGCCUGGCUCUUCAGUACUCCAAGGCCAUGGAGUACUUGGGAGCCACCCUGACUCCCAAACUUGAAAAGGUGGAUUCAGGCCUGUAUGAGCUUCAACUCACCACCGAUGGCCCUGCCACCACGGGGGCAGAGGUGACCAUCACGGCCAGCCUGGUGGCUGAUGACAACGGUAGCCUGGUCCUGCCCACCAGCACCCACUUCUACCGCUUCCACUGGAUCCACACCCCACUGAUGCUCAUGGGGAAGACGGACGAGCCCUUCAGCUCCACCAUCCGCGUCGUGGGCAACGUGGCCGGGGACUUCCCGGUCUCCGUGUGGGUCACAGCGGCCAACUGCAGGAUGUGCCGGCCUAUGGCCAGGAGCUUCCUCGUUCUCCCCAUCACAGAGUUCCUGGUGGGGAGCCUCGUUGUCACCCAGAACACCUCCCUGCCCUGGCCCAGCUCCUACCUCACCAAGACGGUCCUCAGAGUUGCCUUCCUCCUCCAUGACCCCAGCAACUUCUUCAAGACGGCCUCGUUUCUCUACAGAUGGGACUUUGGAGACGGCACCCAGCUGGUGACCAACGAUGCCACAGUCUAUUAUAACUAUUCCAUCAUUGGGACCUUUACCAUCAAGGUCAAGGUGGUGGCGCAGUGGGAGCAGGCGAUGCCAGACGCUGGGAAGGGCACUAUGCAGAAGACGGGUGACUUCUCUGCCUCGCUGAAGCUGCAGGAAACCCUUCGAGGCAUCCAGGUCGUGGGGCCGACCCUAAUUCAGACCUUCCAAAAGAUGAUAGUGACCUUGAACUUCCUGGGCAGCCCCCCGCUGAGCGUGUGCUGGCGUCUCAAGCCCGAGUGCCUCCCGCUGGAGGCAGGGGAAUGCCAGCCGGUGUCAGUGGACAGCACGGCGUACAACCUGACCCACACCUUCAGGGACCCUGGGGACUACUGCUUCAGCAUCCGGGCCGAGAACGUCAUCAGCAAGACCCACCAGUACCACAGGAUCCAGGUGUGGCCCUCCAGCAUCCAGCCGGCUGUCUUUGCCUUCCCAUGUGCCACGCUCAUCACCAUGAUGCUGGCCUUCAUUAUGUACAUGACCCUGCGGAAUGCCGCUCAUCACAAGGACCUGGUGGAGGUGGCUGAUUUUGACUUUUCCCCCAUGUCUGACAAGAACCCGGAGCCACCCACUGGGGUCCGGUGCUGCUGCCAGAUGUGCUGCGGGCCCUUCUUGCUGGAGACGCCCUCUGAAUACCUGGAAGUCGUCCGCGAGAACCAUGGGCUGCUGCCGCCCCUCUACAAGUCGGUCAAAACGUACACGGUGUGAACGCCCCCAACCCCAUUUCAGCGUUAACUGACUGCCGGACAGGGUGUUUGGGGCAGGGUGGGGCAGGGAGGUACAUGCCGCCCAGCAGGGGGGUUCACGUUCACGUGUGCAGGGCAUCCAUCUGUACAGUCCAGCCGUCUCCACAAGCCCCCCUCGGUCACUGCCCCCCAGCCAUCCGUCCAUCUGUACAGUCGUAAGCCCUUCUCAGUCAGCCCCAUCCCAUCCUGGGCUUUGACGAGGCCCCAGGUCUUUGAAGAGAUUCUGACACUGGAUGUGGUCCCCCUUCUCUCCUAGGUGUGCCCAGCUGUCCCUCACCCAUUCUUCCCUGUGGGCACAUUUGCCAUCCAUCCGGGGUUCACGCUCCCCUCCCCCAGGCAGCACUGCCCGGUCAGAGAGCUGGGAGGAAGCUCACAAAUGGUUAAUUUAAGGCUGCAUCACGAACGGUACAGAGACAAGCGUGCACACACGUCACACAGACACUUCAAAUGGUUUCCUCUGUAUCAGUUAGUUGCGUGCUGGGAUGUUCCCUGAACCAGAACUAGAAGGAAAGCUGACCUUUCCCACGUGGCCCUGACCGCUCUGGGCCUGGUCCCUCCUUUGGGUGCUGCGCCUGUGGCUACUGGGUCCCCAUUCCCAGAACACCCUGUUCCCUGCCUGCUUGGGGGUUGCAUGGGGGCAGGGCGAAUGCCUUGGGGGGGCAAAGUGCUUUAGAAAUAGCACCUUCUUUAUUGAGAGCAUGUUAAACGUUCAUUGAGGAAAAGGCUUUGCAGCCAAAGAAUAGUCGAGCCAGGAGGGCCUGGGCACCCUAUGGGGGCGGGGGGACAGUGUUCUUGCCACCCCCACUGCUCCCAGGGUGGCCUUGAGAAGGAAGAGGCAAGACUGGAUGGAACCCGGGGUGGGGACCAGCCCAGUCCUCUCCCUUUGGCGCAGGGCCUGGGGGAGGCAGAGCGUUGCAGAGGGCGUGUUCUGGGUGCAGGAGGAGCUAUGGUGAGGCCCCCACCUACCUGUGCAGGAGUGGGGAGCAACCCGGGCCUCUUUGGGGGAGGGGAGGCAGGUCCCUGGGGGCCUAGCUCCGUUGCUGUGAUUAUUUGCUCUUGGAUUUUGUGCUGAAAACAGCAUUCCCACUGUCGCGCAGCUCAUUCUCAUGAAAUCCUGCCAUUAUUGCUGAAUAAA